AUGUGCGGAAUCAGCGCCUUCAUGAGCCAUGGCUCCUCCAACCGAAGCGCCGAGGAGACCAAACAGGUUGUCGAAGAGCUCGAGAGCAGCCUUGAUAUCAUCGCCCAUCGCGGUCCUGACGUAAGAGGAACAUGGUACAGUGAGAACCACCAGGUCGGCCUCGGUCACGUCCGUCUGUCCAUUCUAGACCUCUCUCCCACCGGCAACCAGCCCUUCCACGACUCUCACCCUCCCGUCGCGCCCACCAUCUCCGCCGUCGUCAACGGCGAGCUCUACAACCACGAGUACUACCGGGAUCUCCUCUCACCCGAGUUCCAUUUCGUCGGGACUUCGGACUGUGAGAUUGUCAUUGCUCUGUACAAACACUACGGUCUCUCGUUCCUGGAGCACCUCCGCGGCGAGUUUGCGUUCGUGCUGUGGGAUGAGAGCAAAAAGAGGCUGAUUGCCGGACGGGAUCGGUAUGGCAUCAAGAGCUUGUACUAUACAUGGCACGAAGGGAAGUUGCUGGUGGCCACCGAGAUGAAGAGCUUUCUGAGGUUUGGAAAGGGAAUGGAGUGGGGCGUGAGGGAGUUGAAGGAACAGAGUUGGCGGGUGGGAAGCGAGACUUACUUCAAAGAACUCACGGAGAACGUCCGGACACGUCUCCUAGAGGCCACCAGAAUCCGCCUCAAAGCCGACGUGCCGGUGGCCGUCUACCUGUCGGGCGGCAUCGACUCGUCUUCGGUGGCCGGCAUAGUGGCCCACCUCAUGAAGCAAGGCCACCACCUCGGCUCCGAGUCGUCGACCGUGCCAUCCAAGAUGAAGUGCUUCACCGUGCAGUUCGACGAGGGUACCGGCGCAGACGAGUCGGCUGUGGCGCACCGCACGGCUGCAUGGCUGGGCGUGGACAUUCACAUGGUGAAAAUGGACGAAGAGGCCCUGGUCGCGCGCUUCGAGGACACGGUGUGGAACGUCGAGGUCCCGCUGCCGGACCUCAACGGAAUGGGACGGUACGCGCUCGCCGAGGCCGUCCAUAAGCAGGGGAUCAAAGUCGUCAUCACCGGGGAGGGCUCGGAUGAGCACUUCGGCGGCUACGACGCCUUUCGCGCCGACUGGCUGAGCGAGGCCGAUCAUUCGUGGGCGGCGCAGGAAGAGCAACUCUCUGCGAGUGACCGUCAUGAGGCGCUGCAGACGGCUGUGGCCGCCAGCAAGCACGGAAUCUUUGGGGAUUUCACGCCAGAGAUCCCCGCUUCCUCCGAGAGGAUGAUGAACCACGGGUACGUCGUUCCGUCCAUCGCGCGCGUGGGUUCUCUCCCCUUUGUAGAGUGGACCAGACAUGCCCACGGGAACACGGCGCCAGAGACGGCGCUUGUUGAGGGCCUCGACGGCCGCGUGCGAGAAAACAUUCGGAAGCGGUGGCAUCCAUUCCACACGGCGGAGUACAUGUUUGUGAAGACGUUCAUGCCGCACUAUAUCCUGCGUUACAACGGUGACAACGUCGACAUGAGACACCAAGUCGAGUCGCGUUGUCCGUUCCUGGACCACCAUCUCACCGAGUACGUCAACAACAUCCCGCCGGCGCUCAAGAUACAGUAUCACCACGGCACCAAGUCUUGGCGGGAGAAGCAUAUUCUGCGUGAGGCGGUGAAGCCGUUUGUGACCGAUGAGAUUUAUAACAUGAGUAAGAAGGCGUAUAUGGGGCCCAGAAAGUUUUGGGUCGGGGGCCCGUUGUGGCAAAAGGUGACCGAGCUGGUGACGAAGGAAAACGUCCAAGAGCUAGGCUUCGUGGACUGGCAGGCGGCCGAGGAGGCGCUGAAGAGGGCAUUUGAGGAGCAGGAUGCAUUGUCCUUGAGGAGAGCCAUUACAGUCGCCCAAUUCGUGGUGUUGGGGAAGAGGUUUGGCGUAAAGAAGGCGGUGCCGGGGCAGUAG